CCCAGUCAUGUUUACUUCACGAAAGUAUUCAUGCCGACAAAUCACCUGUUGGCCGCCAAGCAGGUGAAAUGCUCACCACGGCGAGCGGCUUGUGGAUAGUGGAGGUGCGUGCAUUAUGAUUGAAAACCCCGCUGACCAAUCAUACUGACUUGUCCUGACCAGCGCGUGGUAUGUUAAGUACCCUCGACCAAUGAAAAGGCGUUCAGCUUUCUGCUUGAGAUUAAUUCGUUUUAGGUACCGUGACUACAAUGACCGAACGAUAGAGUUGACGAGUAUUUCUACAGUCAUCGGGUUCGGAAAUAACCUGUGUGUAGUUUGUUUGUAGGCCUUGAGACAAGGAACCUCAGACGGAGCCGCUGUUUCAGCGGGAACAAGACAUUGCAAGACCCGCUUGUGUUAUAGUCAAGAUUACAGGCGGUAUUGGGAGGAAUAUUUACACUAGGAGAAAACAAAUCCUGGAAAAAUCGCCUAAUUGAUUCCGUUUUUCUGGGAGUGAGUGCACGCGGGGAAAAUGCUGUCGUAUCAUGUGAGCUGAACGGCCGGUUUAGUUGAGAAAAGAAAACGAAAUAAUAUCUUCAUUUCACUGAAAGUUCUUCCUCUCACAAGCCCUUAAACAUUUCAUCCAAAAAUGUGUUUCGAAAGGUUGAGAAAGAGAACGUUUCUUCAUAUAUGUCUACAAGUGGCGCUUCACUUUCAUCUAGUGUCGUCUGUGUUCAAUAAGGACAAGUACACGCUUGGAGCAGACGACAAUCACGACUUUCGACUGAAGCGUUGGGCAGAUGCUGCCUAUCAUUACAUUCAUAAUCUAAACUGUGCUGUGGUGUUCUUCACGACUGCAAGAGAAUGUCGACAGUUAGUGGCUGUACCCAAAUCCGCUAUGAACGUGUAUAUGGCUGCCCCAACACCGUACGGCAAAUACCGUGCUAACUUGCCAGACGAAAGUUUGACAAGGUCCUCCUCCCACGAAGCCGUGCUAGUUGUCGACCCAUACCCAGCUGCAAACUUUGGACACCUUGUGGUGGCUUUCUAUGUGGAUGGGGGGAUUUCUAGAAACUUUUGUGAAAAAUCCGGUGGAACGUAUCUCCAUGAUAAAGGAGAAUGCAUAAGUUUAGCCUUAAGGCGGAGAUGCAAGAAUGCCUUAGAAAGACGUUCUAGAAGACGGAACUUUGCAAGACGGUGUGAGAUUAACUUCCUUCCCGUGGUGCAUCGGGCCAAUAACCAACAUGGCGGACAUUACAUGGCGGCACGCCACAAUCAUUUAAAAUGUUAUUCUGGACUUGCCGGCUUUGGCGGAUGUCCUGAAUUGAGAUUACUGAACGAGACCACGGGUUUAAUCUGCAACCAUCUCCGUGACAAUACGAGGAGAUGCUCCACAACACAUGAAACUGUUAAGAGCAGUUGUCGCCCCCUUGAAAUUUGUGACCAGGCGGUCAUUUUGUCAGGUGGUUGGAAUAGACAAAGCACCGGUAAAAGGCAUAAAAUGAACGUGGAACUUGUUUUUAAAAUGCUCAGAAAUAAUGGAUUUAAGAGAAGAAAUAUUAAAGUGUUUUUCGCCAAUGGAUCGCCAUCUUUACAAAUUCCCGGUGACCCCCCGCAACGGGUACAUCCGGCGGCCAUGAAACACGCCUUCCGCUACCACAUCCGGAAGAUGUGCAUGUCUCGUCACUGCGUCGACUCUCUCGUCAUCUACAUGAACAACCCGGCACGGAACGAUGGCACGUCGUAUCUGUGGGACGUCAACAACGAUGGUUUGGCUGACAGCAACGAGCGGUAUACGGUCGAUGAACUGAAGGAAGACCUGGCUGACUGUGCAGCCAAGAGCGUCCAUCUCAUCGUCGAUCAGAGCUACUCGGGUGAAAUCGCCUACGCACUUCGUAAAUCUCCGGAACACCGAAACGUAAUUGUAUUUACCAGUGGACGUGGUAAUGAAUAUUCAUUUGAUGACGAAUAUACCAGGCACUGGACCGGAAGUAACCACACUCGGAUGUGCACUGCUGAUAUCCACCAGCAAAGCCGUAACGCGAUCAAGCACUCGUCCCCUCAACUCGGCGAAGGUCGCCACAAUCAAGUCAGGACCACCAUAUUUGGUGCCCCGUGUAACGUCCGACCGCCGUUUACGCCACGUGAACUACGUCGAGACUUCUACGGAUGCCAGAACGUGCCAACAGCAGUUUGGCUGAUGCAGGUUUUACGUGCUGGAAAUGACGACUCGAAGAAUGAUUAUGACUAUGAUGAUGAUUAUGAUGAACACGGCGGAUUUAACAGGAUGGGCUGAGAAGAAACGUUGGAGAGAAGAACUCAACUAUCUCGCUUCGAUAACUGGUUGUCAGCGGGUGACGACCGGAACAGAUAGAUCUGAGAAUGGCGAGAACGAGAAAGAAAGUUUGAGCCUUGUGUACGGGAUAUAUUUUACAAAAGAUGGAUUGGAAAUUUCCCAGCGGUUUGGCUACGUUUGCAACAAUAUAUAAGUAUCUAGAGUCGUUUUCUUUGACUAACUUCUUCCAAACCUUUGCAGAAUGCUACAGGUAUCGUGCUGCAUCGUCAGGUUAUAGUAUGUUAAUGUUACAACGAUUGGGAACGUUUCAUUGAUAACGCUUCGUAUCCUGACAGGAUGCGCAUAUGGUAAACUGGUGCAAGGAGGACUGCGAUGUGAAGAGUUCAGUGUUCAGGGGAGAUUACCCAAACAAGUUUGAUUUGUCUUAUCCCGAAAAUUAUGGGUUAUUAUAUAAAACGAGAGCUUGUUCAAAGGCAAUCAACGGAGUUGUUGAUUUGUGAUGUUUUUUUAUUGGGAUUCUCCCGACUUGUCUCCAGGUUUACUCCUCUGUGACGUCAUCAGGUCACGGUCACUGUCUCGGUAUAAUCCGGAUCACGAGGAAAUUUCAUAUUCAGUCGAGUUGGUGUACAUGUAUACAUGAUUUUGUUUCUGUACUACAACGAUUGUUUUCGUGGUCUGUUUACGUUCAACGUGUAUAUUGUUUCGUUAAUCAAGUCUGGUUAUAAUGGUUGUCCCUCCGCGAGGUCUGUUUCAGCUACCCUGUGAACAAUACCACAAAGGGAUCUCAGCAUUUAGACGAUCAUAACUCGCGUAAGCUGACAAAGAUUUACGACAUUCGCUUUGUAUAAAUGGAUCUUGGAGUCUAAGGAACGUACAUGUUACACGAAGGCGUCGGUUGCCGUACCUGAGCUAUUUCAAAAAUGUUGAAGGGUCUGUUUUCACAAAGCAAGUUUAAAGUAUGAUUGAACUUACGACCGUCUAAGAGAUCAUUUUAAGAACGCUUUGUGCAACCCGACCCUUGAUUCCGUUCCACAGGCGCUGUUUAUGUGGUACAAAUAAGGUAUUUAUAGAUAAGUAUAUGUUAAGGUAUGCCAGUUACGACAAACUAAGUUAUACAUUGAAUGGGUUAGAUCCUCGUGAUUUUUAGGCAUUGUUGACAAUCGUAAUCAUUAAACUAUUGUAAUAAUGGAAUGAUGUCGUUUUGGUGAACGGGUCCUACCACCAGGAUCCUGGGCCCCGAACCACAAAGCGUUCGUAGCGCUACGACAUUCGUAACCCUAUGGUAAGCUAUAGAGUUACGACAUGCCGUAACGUUACGAACGCUUUGUGGAUCGGGCCCCUGGACCCUGAUCCACGAAACGUUCGUAACGCUACGACAUUCGUAAGCCUGUGAUAUACUAUGGAGUUACGACAUGCCGUAACGUUACGAACGCUUUGUAGAUCAGGACCCUGAUCCACGAAACGUUCGUAACGCUACGACAUUCGUAAGCCUGUGAUAUACUAUGGGGUUACGACAUGUCGUAACUUUACGAACACUUUGGGAUCGGGACCCAGGACCAGUAUUAUCCCCGCCACACAGACACACAACAUCCCGCUGUGGGCGGCAACCAUUAUAAACACUUAUGUUACAGAGAAAUGUUGAAGAUCUUCUUCAACAUGUUGUCCGCGACCUUUUUUAUGUGUGAAAAUGACAUGAUUCAUCGUGCGUGUUAUGUUAUGGCGGUGAUGUUAUCUGUAGCACUUUCAGCUUUAGACGUGGACACAAACGCUUGUUCACAAGUCACACAUGAUAUUACGCAUUAAGGUACAAGAUGAGAAAUGCAUUUUAUUAAAAUUUCAUCCCAGAAAUGUAAUUGACCUCUCCUCUGACAUAAUUUAAGAAAUUCUAACCAAUCAUUUGUUACAUUUCUUUCAAUCCCGAACAUGAACCGGUUACAUGUCUAUGUUCAUGGUUUUGUAGACCAGUUCCUCGUGGUGCCUCUUCAGAAAGGCAAUGUUUACUCACAGUUCGUCUCUGUAGAGGAAAGCGGGCGUUGUAAAACAAUGUUUAUAAAAGCUCUCCCAACGGAAGUUGGUGCCCACGAAAAAUGACGUCAUUAUGGACCGCAAGCCAAAUAAAAAAAUAUACAACAAUGUCUGAUCUUGCAUGAAAAACGGUGACUGGUUCCAAAACACGGGACGCAUUAUUCUACAGGUGAACCAUUCGUCGUUACACUGGUAGACGUUAAGUGAUCUAUUCUGAGAACCCAGAGAGGCCAUUUUCAAUUCUUUGGAAUUUGCUUUUCUCUUGGUACAGUCUGUAGUAGGUACCGAGUUGAACACAUUCGUCUAGAAAUCUGGGUGUGCGUCCUACCGUGGUUAUAUAGUCAAUAUCUACUGACGAGAUAUUCUGUUGUACUUUCUAUCGUGUUGUUAUUAUUUUGCAGUUAUUAUUAUGUUCAUAUGUGUUUGCAAAGAAUACGAGUUUGCAAAUAUAUGUAAAUUUUCUCAAGAAAUAAAUAAUAGUAAAUUAA